GGGCCAAGUGGGCGCGCCCGCACACCCUUGUACUUUAGAGAAGCGGCCAGAUUGGGGUGGAUGAAAGCUCAGGAGUCACCUCCGGGACGCUGGACGGGCAGAAACCCACCACAGUACCAGACCCAGCCGUGCUCCUCAAGAUUGCAUCCUGAUGGCUGAGUCGAAGCCACUGCCCUGCGCCGAUGGGGACCCCAUGGCCGUGGAAGCCCUGCUCCGGGAUGUGUUUGCCAUUGUGGUGGAUGAGGCCAUCCGGAAGGGGACCAGCGUCUCUGAGAAGGUCUGCGAGUGGAAGGAGCCCGGAGAGCUGAAGCAGCUGCUGGACUUGGAGCUCCGGGGUCAGGGCGAGUCGCGGGAGCAGCUGCUGGAGCGCUGCCGCACCGUGAUCCGCUACAGCGUGAAGACUGGUCACCCUCGGUUCUUCAACCAGCUCUUCUCGGGGUUGGAUCCACACUCCCUGGCUGGGCGUAUCAUCACCGAGAGCAUCAACACCAGCCAGUACACGUACGAAAUCGCCCCCGUGUUUGUGCUCAUGGAAGAGGAGGUGCUGGACAAGCUCCGGGCCCUGGUGGGCUGGACCUCUGGGGAUGGGGUCUUCUGCCCUGGUGGCUCCAUCUCUAACAUGUACGCCGUGAACCUGGCCCGCUACCAACGCUACCCAGAGUGCAAGCAGAGGGGACUCCGGGCACUGCCGCCCCUGGCCCUCUUCACGUCAGCGGAGUGUCACUACUCCAUCAGCAAGGGAGCCGCUUUCCUGGGGCUUGGCACUGACAAUGUCCGCACGGUCAAGGCUGAUGACAGAGGGAAGAUGAUCCCGGAGGACCUGGAGAGGCAGAUCCUGCUGGCCAAGGCUGAGGGAGCCGUGCCAUUCUUGGUCAAUGCCACUUGCGGCACCACCGUGCUGGGGGCCUUUGACCCGCUGGAGGCGAUUGCCGACGUGUGCCAGCGUCACGGGCUGUGGCUGCACGUGGAUGCCGCCUGGGGUGGGAGCGUGCUGCUGUCACGGACACACAGGCAUCUCCUGGAGGGGAUCCACAGGGCUGAUUCAGUGGCCUGGAACCCCCACAAGCUCCUGGGAGCCGGCCUGCAGUGCUCUGCCCUCCUGCUCCGGGACACCUCGAACCUGUUGAAACGCUGCCAUGGCUCCCAGGCCAGCUACCUCUUCCAGCAGGAUAAGUUCUACGAUGUGGCCCUGGACACAGGCGACAAGGUGGUGCAGUGUGGCCGCCGAGUCGACUGUCUCAAGCUGUGGCUCAUGUGGAAGGCCCAGGGUGACCAGGGCCUGGAGCUGCGAGUGGACCGCGCCUUCACCCUGGCUCGGUACUUGGUAGAGGAAGUGAAGAAGCGGGAAGGAUUUGAACUUAUCAUGGAGCCGGAGUUUCUCAACGUGUGCUUCUGGUUUGUGCCCCUGAGCCUGCGGGGUCAGCAGGGGAGUCCUGAUUACGACCAGAGACUGGCCAAGGUGGCACCCAUCCUGAAGGAGCGCAUGGUGAAGGCGGGCUCCAUGAUGAUUGGCUACCAGCCGCACGGGGGCCAGGCCAACUUCUUCCGUGUGAUCGUGGCCAACCCCGCGCUCACCCGCGCGGACCUGGACUUCCUGCUGGAUGAGCUGCAGCGGUUGGGCAGCGACCUGUGAACCUCUG